AUGAUGAGGCUGGCAGAGGAGAGGAUGAUGAUCUCGAUGGCUGCUGCCUCUCUUACACGACUCCCUCCCUCCUCCGCCACUCUGCCCAUCACCUUCCGCUGCCUGGAACAGAACAUCCGCGUGGACAAACGGGUGACGCGCUUCGUCCUGCCCGUGGGCGCAACCAUCAACAUGGACGGCACCGCCCUCUACGAAGCUGUGGCGGCCAUCUUUAUUGCCCAAGUCAAUGACAUGAACCUGAACUUUGGCCAGAUUCUCACCAUCAGUAUCACGGCAACCGCCGCCAGCAUCGGAGCAGCAGGCAUCCCCCAUGCUGGCCUGGUUACCAUGGUGAUUGUAUUGACAUCGGUGGGACUGCCCACAGAGGACAUAACGCUCAUCAUCGCAGUGGAUUGGUUACUGGACCGCCUGCGGACCACCGUCAACGUGCUGGGCGACUCGCUCGGGGCGGGCGUCUUGGAGCACCUGUGUCGCGCCGAGUUGCAAAGUCAGGACGAGGAGGUGCGCAACUCGGUCAUCGAAGAGAACGAGAAGCCCUACCAGCUCAUCUGCCAGGAGAACCAGGUGGUGCAAAACCACAACAGCGAAACCACCAUGUGACCACGCACAUCCCAAAAUGCUUCACCGUAAGCCCCUGGUGGUGGUGUUUUCACCCCGGGGUAAUGACGCCACACCUUUGUGCAGAUGGCUGCACUGCCCCAGAAAUCGGAGAAAGGACAGGGAGAGUUCCACAGGAAGGAAAUUACUUUCAAACUUUUAAGCAGGGGUCUCAAACUCACUUUACCUGGGGGGGGGGCACUGGAUGCAGAGUCUGGGUGAGGCUGGGCCGCGAGAAAAGAUUUCUUAAAAAAAUAAUUUUAAAUGUCUUUAUUUUUAUUUUCAACACCAAAUAAAAUCAAAAUAUAAAUGAACAAAAUGAGAAUUAAAAAAGGUGAGGCAAUGCAAAUAAAAAAAAACCCACAAAUAACGGUAUGAAUUGGUCCAGGUUAUCGGGGACUGUUAUUACUGACGGACAGGUGUCGCGGUGUGACUGCAGCCAGGCACGUAAGAAAACCCUCAUCUCCAUGGCAACGUCUCUGCCGCUUUCACUCAUUUGCCGCUUUUCCACUAUUGCAGGGGUAGGCAACCCAGAACGUUGAAAUAGCCAUUUUGGAGCCAAAUAACACAACGUUGUCAAGCACUAUUCGUAUGAAACUUGCAGGUCGCACUAACAUUAAACUUUCAUAAUAAGGUGGGGGCCGCUAAAUAACGUCUCUUGGGCCGCAAUUGACCCGCAGGCCGCGUGUCUGAGACCCCUGCUUUUAAGGGAGUAUUAGGGCAGUAAAAACAUUUAAUUUAAAGGCCUACUGAAAGCCACUACUAGCGACCACGCAGUCUGAUAGUUUAUACAUCAAUGAUGAAAUAUUAACAUUGCAACACAUGCCAAUACGGCCGCUUUAGUUUACUAAAUUACAAUUUUAAAUUUCCCGCGCAGUUUCUUGUUGAAAAUGUAGCGGAAUGAUGACGCGUGUUUGUGACGUUAUUGGUCAGAGGCGACAUAUUAGCCAGCACCACUUACGGCUAAAAGUCGUCUCUUUUUAUCACAUAAUUACACAGUAAUUUGGACAUCUGUGUUGCUGAAUAUUUUGCAAUUUUUUCAAUUAAUAAUGGAGACGUCAAAGAAGAAUGCUGUUGGUGGAAAGCGGUGGAUUGCAGCUGUCUUUAGCACCGAAACAAAGCUGGUGUUUGUUUGUUGUGAAGCUUUAACACAGAGCGGUCAAGGGAACAUGUUUCUCUAUGUCAACCAGCAUGUUUUUGGAUGGGAAAAUUGUGAUAUAUAUCUUACUGGAGACAUCAGUGGAUUAUGCAUCCUCCUGAAGUCAAAAAGUCAGCUGUGAGGUUGGCUCCUCUGCUUCUCUCUGAGACGCUGGCAUGUUCACCGCACCCCUCCGACUAAAACAAUCUUUUUAAAUGUCUUUAUUUUUAUUUUCAACAGCAAAUAAAAUCAAAAUAUAAAUGAACAAAAGGAGAAUUAAGAAAUGUGAGGCAAUGCUAAUUAAAUAAUUAAAAAAAUAACUGUUUGAUUUGGUCCAGGUUGUCGGGGACUGUUAUUACUGACGGACAGGUGUCGCGGUGUAACUGCAGCCAGGCAUGUAAGAAAACCCUCGUCUCCAUGGCAACGUCUCUGUCGCUUUCACUCAUUUGCCGCUUUUCCACUAUUGCAGGGGUAGGCAACCCAGAACGUUGAAAGAGCCAUUUUGGACCCAAAUAACAACGCUGUCAAGCGCUAUUCGUAUAAAACUUGCAGGUCGCACUAACAUUAAACUUUCAUAUUAAGGUAGGGGCCGCAAAAUAUCGUCUCGCGUGUCUGAGACCCCUGUUUUUAAGGGAGUAUUAGGGCAGUAAAAACAUUUAAUUUAAAGUCCUACUGAAAGCCACUACUAGCGACCACACAGUCUGAUAGUUUAUAUAUCAAUGAUGAAAUAUUAACAUUGCAACACAUGCCAAUACGGACGCUUUAGUUUACUAAAUUACAACUUUAAAUUUCCUGCGCAGUUUCUCGUUGAAAACGUAGCGGAAUGAUGACUCUUAUGAUGAUGUGUGUUUGUAACGUUAUUGGUUGGAGGGGACAUAUUAUUCCAGCAACACACACGGCUAAAAGUCGUCUCUUUUCAUCGCAUAAUUACACAGUAAUUUGAACAUCUGUGUUGCUGAAUCUUUUGGAAUUUGUUCAAUUAAUAAUGGAGACGUCAAAGAAGAAUACUGUUGGUGGAAAGCGGUGUUUUGCAGCUGUCUUUAGCACCGAGACACAGCCGGUGUUUUUUUGUUGUGAAGCUUUAACACAGAGUGUUCAAGCGAACAUGUUUCUCUACGUCAACCAACAAGCUUUUGGAUGGGAAAAUUGUGAUAUAUAUCUUACUGGAGACAUCAGUGGAUUAUGCAUCCUCCUGAAGUCAAAAAGGCAGCUGUGAGGUUGGCUCCUCUGCUUCUCUCUGAGACGCUGGCAUGUUCACCGCACCCCUCCGACUAAAAAAAUCUUUUUAAAUGUCUUUAUUUUUAUUUUCAACAGCAAAUAAAAUCAAAAUAUAAAUGAACAAAAGGAGAAUUAAGAAAUGUGAGGCAAUGCAAAUUAAAUAAUAAAAAAAUAACGGUUUGAUUUGGUCCAGGUUGUCGGGGACUGUUAUUACUGACGGACAGGUGUCGCGGUGUGACUGCAGCCAGGCACGUAAGAAUACCCUCGUCUCCAUGGCAACGUCUCUGUCGCUUUCACUCAUUUGCCGCUUUUCCACUAGUGCAGAGGUAGGCAACCCAGAACGUUGAAAGAGCCAUUUUGGACCCAAAUAACAACGCUGUCAAGCACUAUUCGUAUGAAACUUGCGGGCCGCGCUAACAUUAAACUUUCAUAUUAAGGUGGGGGCCGCAAAAUAACGUCUCGCAGGCCGCGUGUCUGAGACCCCUGCUUUUAAGGGAGUAUUAGGGCAGUAAAAACAUUUAAAGUCCUACUGAAAGCCACUACUAGCGACCACACAGUCUGAUAGUUUAUAUAUCAAUGAUGAAAUAUUAACAUUGCAACACAUGCCAAUACGGCCGCUUUAGUUUACUAAAUUACAAUUUUAAAUUUCCUGCGAAGUUUCUUGUUGAAAAUGUAGCGGAAUGAUGACGCUUAUGAUGACACGUGUUUGCAAUGUUAUUGGUUGGAGGGGACAUAUCAGCCCAGCUCCACUUACGGCUAAAGUCGUCUCUUUUCAUCACAUAAUUACACAGUAAUUUGGACAUCUGCGUUACUUACUGAAUCUUUUGCAGUUUGUUCAAUUAAUAAUGGAGACGUCAAAGAAGAAUGCUGUUGGUGGAAAGCAGUGUAUUGCAGCUGUCUUUAGCACCAAAACACAGCCGGUGUUUGUUUGUUGUGAAGCUUUAACACAGAGCGGUCAAGCGAAUAUGUUCCUCUACGUCAACCAACAUGUUUUUGGAUGGGAAAAUUGUGAUAUAUAUCUUACCGGAGACAUCAGUGGAUUAAGCUUCCUCCUGAAGUCAAAAAGUCAGCUGGGAGGUUGGCUCCUCUGCUUCUCUCUGAGACGCUGGCAUGUUCACCGCACCCCUCUGACUAAAAAAAUAAUUUUAAAUGUCUUUAUUUUUAUUUUCAACGCCAAAUGAAAUCCAAAUAUAAAUGAACAAAAGGAGAAUUAAGAAAUGUGAGGCAAUGCAAAUGAAAUAAUAAAAUAACGGUUUGAUUUGGUCCAGGUUAUCGGGGACUGUUAUUACUGACGGACAGGUGUGGCGGUGUGACUGCAGCCAGGCAUGUAAGAAAACCCUCGUCUCCAUGGCAACGUCUCUGUCGCUUUCACUCAUUUGCCGCUUUUCCACUAUUGCAGGGGUAGGCAACCCAGAACGUUGAAAUAGCCAUUUUGGAGCCAAAUAACAACGCUGUCAAGCGCUAUUCGUAUGAAACUUGCGGGCCGCGCUAACAUUAAACUUUCAUAUUAAGGUGGGGGCCGCAAA